UUAGGUUGUUGUUGUUCUCACUCACUCUCUCUUCUUCAUCCUCCUUGCGGCUAGGGUUUUUCACUCUCUCUUUCAAUCCUCUCAAUUCUCUUUAUACCCUUUUGAUCUGAAUCUUUGUAUUAUGGAUUUCAUCUCUUGUUAACAUUAAUCAUCAAAAAAAUCCAAAAAAAAAAAAGAAUAACAAAGGGUUAUUGUUGAUUUUGUGAAAUCGUUUGAAAAUGGCGACAAUUAACCCUUUUGAUUUGUUGGGUGAUGAUGCUGAAGACCCUUCACAGUUGAUUGCUGCUGAGCAACAGAAAGCGGCGGCUGCAGCGGCGGCGGCGCCCAAGAAGGGGCUGGACCAAGGCAAACAAACUGGUGCUGCCAAGAAGCCCGCUCAGUUACCUUCCAAACCACUUCCCCCUUCUCAGGCUGUGAGGGAGUCCAGAAAUGAGCCAUCUCGUGGGGGCCGUGGAGGUGGACGUGGAUUUGGACGUGGUCGCGGUGAUGGUGGCUUUCGUCGUGAUUUCUCCAAUGAUGACAACUCAUUGCCUGCUCCUCCUGCCAAUCAAGGUUCUUUUGAAGGAGAUUCUGCAAAUCCCACUGAGAGACGUGGGUAUGGUGCACCCCGUACUCCUUAUCGUGUUGGCGGUGGCCCUGAACGUCGUGGAGGUUUUAGCAAUGGUGAAGCUGGUGAAGGACGCCCACGAAGGACAUUUGAUCGCCACAGUGGAACUGGACGAGGUGGUGGAUUUAAACGUGAAGGCGCUGGACGAGGCAAUUGGGGAACUCAAUCUGAUGAAAUUGCUCAGGUGACUGACGAAGUGGCAAAUGAAACUGAAAAGAAUGUUGCUGAGGACAAGCCUGUUGGCGAGGAAGAUGCAGCAGCAGCUGAUGGAAACAAGGAAACUCCUGCUCCCGAAGCUGAAGAAAAGGAGCCUGAGGAUAAGGAGAUGACACUGGAAGAAUAUGAGAAAGUGCUGGAGGAGAAAAGGAAAGCCCUGAAUGUUAAGACUGAUGGAGGAAGAAAGGUGGAUACCAAGGAGUUUGAAUCCUUGAAGCCUCUGUCAUGCAAGAAAGAGAAUGACGAGAUCUUUGCCAAACUGGGAUCUGACAAGGACAGGCGCAAAGAUGCUAUUGAGAAGGAGAAGGCAAGGAAGGCCCUGAGCAUUAACGAGUUUCUGAAGCCUGCUGAAGGAGAGAAGUACUACAACCCAGGUGGACGUGGCGGUCGUGGUGGACGUGGUGGCCGUGGUGGUUCAAGGGGAGGAGGUGGUUAUGGUGGAAAUGCAUAUGGCAAUGUCUCAGCCCCAUCUAUUGAGGACCCUGGGCAAUUCCCAACCUUGGGUGGUGGUAAGUGAGAUAUUUCAGUACCAUUUCCCCUAUCCCCCCUUUAUUUACCUUCAAUUUUGGGUUCUCUCUGAUUUGAACUUCUUAAGACAAAAACUUUGGUAAUUGAAUUUUAUUAUUAUCAGUUAGAAGAUCGGUUAUUAACUUUUUUUUGUUGUAAAUUUAGGUUGUCCUUACGGUCCCUUUUACCUUUGUAACCUUUUCAUUUAUUAUGUUUUGCUGUUUUAAUGUGUUUUGACAUUCUAGGGGGUUAUAUGGUGGUGGAUAAGACAAAUGUUUUCAGUUUCGUUUUAUUUUAUAGAUUGAAUGAAUUCUCAGUUUUGUUAUAA